AUGGAUUUUUUUGAACCUUUGUUAAAUCAAGCAAAAAAAUUGGAAAUGCAUCAAGUCGAGGAUGAUUUCCAACCAAAAAUUGAAUUGUUUCCAAGUGAUCAGAGUCCUGUGUACGAGACGGUCGAUAUACUUCCAAAACCAGGAAUAGUAUUAAAAACAUUGGUUAAAGCCUCUAUAGAAGCAAAUAAAUAUCCAUCAGAUAUGAAAUUUUUUAUAAAUAUGUGCUAUUCGGAUAAAAUACCUAAACCUACCUGUACCAGUGAAGAAGAACUUCGAAAAGCUAUGAAUGGUGAUGCUGAUGCUAUUUAUCGGGUACCAAAUGUUUUGAAUGAGAUAAAAUUUGAUAAGGAUAAAGCACAGAAGAAAUGUCUUGUAUGCGAUUUUAUUGUGAACAACGAGGUGUAUCAAAGAAUCCUAAAUGAUUAUGAUUUCAAGUUGUAUGUGAGUGAAGUAGCUGUGGAAUUGAUUGAAGAAAAAAACAUGAUUGAACUUGGGCGAGAUUUUGUGUUUCCUAAAAUGCAUUACAAGGGCAAGAUAGAGAGUAGAACGGUGAAGAUUCCAAAGAAACAACUCUCUUUAAUAACUGAAAUUUCUAAACCAAUUAAAUCUCCAACCAACAGUAUAAAUGACAAUAAAAUUAAAGACGACAAUAAUGAAGAUGAUAUUUCAAAAGCUCAAAAACCCGAGUACAUAAUCACUGAACAUGAUAUUAACAACCUAUGCUAUUUAUUAAUAUCAAUUGAAAUACCUUCUUUAAUUUACCAUUAUCUUAUUGAUAUUAACACAGCAAAAGCUAAAUUUGUUGAAUCUAAAAAAAGAUUAAUUGUAAAAUUAGAAAAAACAGAUUGA